GUCACCGUCGCGCAUUUCGGCCUCUUUUUGCCUCCCCCCGCUCCUUCCCUUCUUUGCCUCUCAGCAGGUGGCUUGUAUGCCUUCACAGGAUGUAUACCCUCGCCAGUCAGCAUUUCUCGAUCUCUCCGUUUACGUGCUGUCUCUUGCGGAUUCUUACAUUGUAAAGCUGGUAGCUUUCUUUCAGGGUUCGAUCACGCUUUGUCUUCGUCCGACUCGAGUGUUCGGGAGUUGUCACUGGGAGUGCAUCUAGGUCUUGGAACUGGGGGUUUGUCCAAGUCAGUGGCUGACGUUCAGGGAGAGUUUCCGAGGAUUGGGUUUCAUGUUUCGGUGGUUGGUUGAGAGGAGGCGUUUGAUUGCUUGUGUGACUCUCGGCAGGAGAGCGAACUGAUACAUGUGACAGUGGUCUGGGGUGAAAGCUAGAGAUUCUGCAGUUCGAUGCGAGUGCAUUCUGUGGCCUAAGCGAGAUCUCCUGGUGUGGAUUUUAUUCUAGGGUUACGUGGUCUUGGUGGAUAGGGUGCACCGGGAAGUGGCAUUCGUAUUAGAUUUCAGGAUGGAAUGCAUUGCAUAGAACUUACGUGUUACGGUAACACGUUUCCCCAUUCUCUCCCAGAUUAAAGAGAACAAAGUUAAAGCGAUGGCUACUGUUUCUUCUCUACCUCCUGGAUUUGAAGGGACAGUUUGUGGAAUACUCCCCGUUCCACAUGCAACGCAGACAACCGUGCCCAAGCAGGCAAGAGUGAAUAAGAAAGUGUCAUGGGCCUCAGAAGGCGACCUGUGUCAGGUGCGGCUCUUUGCAGCAGAAGAUGCACCAGCUCAAUCGAGUAUCAUGCUUCAGGACCUUCUCCAGGCCAAAAAAGCGAGAUUCAUGCAUGCCUUGAAUCCUAUAGUUUCCGUAGAUUUACCUCCAGGAUUUGGGCCCUCCUCCCUGAUGGGAGUAAAGCCACUUGUGGCACCAAUCUUGCCAUCUGUGUCAUGGCGGAUUCCUGAAUGUUUCAAAUUGGAUCCAACAUGGCUCGUGAUGGCGGGGGAAGAAAGCAAGGAGGUGUUCGCUCAAAAACAGCGAGAAAACAGAACCCUUGAAGCCGUGUAUCCUCGACCCUCAGCUAUUCCUGAAAGUCCAGCAGAGCCUUCCGAAGUGCAAUUGCCUUUUGAUGAAGAUGAUUCAAAUACACUCAUUAUCCCAGUUGUCCCAUUAGAAGAUGACGAACUACCUGAAGCGGAUGAUCUUCCAACAACUUCAGGAAGCACGUAUAAAUCUAAACAAGAGCCGUUUUCAGGUUUAAAAUCGUUAUCCCCUCCACCAGGGUUUUUGUCAACAAGCAUGCCUGUGAAACCUCGAACUUGGUUUCCUGUAGCUCCCCUAGAGAAUAAUAAUUUGUCACUACCUGCACACACGACACCAGCAUACGGACCACCCGUCACCGUCAAUAGAAACAUAAUACCUCCAAAUGGCACCGUUGUGCAGACGACGAACAUGUCUAACGCUCGUACGGGAUCGUUGGGUCUUCCUGUUCGUGCGGCUGAGGGAGGGACAGAACCAGACGUUCCUGCAGCCGCCGCCGCUGCCUACGCGGCUUUACAGCAGUCUAAUGAUACAACGAUGAUAGAUCGAGAGUUAUUGAUAAAGUUUCUCACAAAUCCUUCAAUGCUACAGAGUCUCUCUGAAAAACUUGCACAGAAUCCUCCGGGAAAUUAUGGAGUCGUUAAUCGGAGAAUCCCAGAAAGUGUAGACCACAGUGGAAUAGGAGCUCGUGGAAAUGGACGAGUUUGGAAUCCUACAGUGACUGAACAUGCUAAGAGUGGACAAAGACACCUUGAAACAGCGGUAGGUAUAACAGAUCCUCACAUGAGACAUGGUUAUGAUAGGCCACCUGGCUUUGGGGCACCUUCAGGUGCCAACGCACUUGGUCAAGCACCUCCUCAACCCGGACAAGGGUACGCACAUCCCGGGCCUCUUACCAUUCAGUCCCUACCACUCCCUAACAUGCCCCCACCCACUUCUGUUGGUUAUGACCAGUCAAUAGUAUCUGGUUCAGGGCGACCUAUCUCACAGCGAGACGAACAAUACUACAAAGACCUCAUUUCACAGCAUGGAAAAAACGAGGAAGAUAUUUGGGGAGCAAUUGGUGUGCCCGAGACUGGAAACAGUUAUCCUGGAGGUGGACGGCCCAGGGCAUCUGGUCUUGAUAGGGAGAAGAGGUUAGGUAGCGCAGAACGAACAGAGAGACCUGAGAGGACUGACUCAAGAGCAAGGUGGGCAGGAAGAGAAGAUGUGGACAUGGCAGGACUUUCAAUUAGGCAAGGUGACGGUGAUCAAGCCAAUCGGUCAGGCCAGUCUCGGGGAAAAUCUCGAAAAGCCUGCAUAUACUUCAGCACAUCCCGAGGUUGUCGGAACGGAUCCAGUUGUGCAUUUUUGCACGAGACUAACAACGCAGAAAGGGCAAAGAGACCGAAACUGGAAGGGAAGGAGAGCAAUAUAGGAUAUAGAUAAAAUUCUCAAACGGAGUUCACAAGCUCUUAACAAAUCACACUAACUGUGCCCAGAAUGACAGACCUAACAUAAAGUGGUCAUGCAUGUACAACAUGAUUUAAGAUAGGAAGGUGGAAGUGAAGCCUCGUCUGAGGCAAGCGCGGCUGCGCUUCAGUUCGACAACGCCACUUCUGCACACAUGUUAACGAAGUCUUUCAAGCGGCUCAAAACUUCUGCCUUGGUAUCUCGAGGAACCAAGCGGUAACCAGUUAUUCCGCCUCCUAGAUCUGCUGGGCGUUUCCAUUUGUGCUAGGAAUUAAAGCGAAACUCGAGAAGUUUUUGAAUCGCUGAUUGACUGCCCUCGAAACAAGAAAUCAUCUCUUACCACAUCAGAGCGUCAUGCAGAACUGUUGCUUCUGCGUAUUCCUGAAACUUAUGAACAAGAAGCUCCCCGCCUCUGAUCCUUUUGACGAAAAACCAACAGCAGUUACGCUUCAAAAAAUGUACCAAGCAACUGGUUUGAAAAGCGCUGUCGACUCCGCCGACUGGGGUCUUCCAGUAGUCCCUGGACGAAUGUGACGUGGCUAAGGUGGAGGAUUAAUUACUGUGAUUCUUUCCAACACAAGCUUGUCAGAGUUGUGAGGGCACGUAGACGGAAGUCAAUGUUAAUGCGCACCACGCCAGAUUGUUCCUGGAGAACCGUGCAAAGAAGAUGGGCAGAACUGUUCAUGUACAUUACACUCGUGGAUUUAUUCACUUUGCUUGCACCAUUUUUGAGGAAAAUUGCAAUACCAAACUAAUCACCUUGUGUCUA